UUUCUCUCUCCCCCCCCCCGUUUCACUCCUCCUCCUCUUUAUCCAAAUGGAGAGAGUUCUUUUUUUCUUCUUCAUCUCAUCUAUUGAAUCAAGGAGCUGCUGCUCGCUGCUGCACACACACAGAGGGAGAGAGAGACACACACACACGUACAGGGAGAGAGAGAGACUGGAGUCCCCAAAGCCCCGGGAGUCAGAGACAGCUCUGCCCUGAGACAGAAUGGUACAGCGCGCCGAGACAGACCAACAGCAGCAGCACCACUGAGAGCAAGAAAAGCUCCAGCCCUCCCUUGCUUUGCUUUCACGGAGGAAGACAGAAGGGGAAAGGGGGCAGGGGGGGAAGAGGCUGGUUUCUUUUAGCUGCAAAAGGAGCAGUAGAAAACUAAAGCCGGAGCAACGAAGGGGGGACGGCAAAUCACUCACGCUCGCUCCACUCGCAGACGCACUGGAUGUGGGAAGCGGUAGCGCCAGAAAGCUCCGGAUCAUCGCGAAAUGUUGCAAUGGAAGGCGCAGGGUCUGACUCGCCAGGAGCAGCCAGAGGAGCAGCAGCAAACGCGGUAUGAAGAGGUGGUCUGUCACCAGCAGCCUGCGGAAAGAAGCGCCAGCAGCCCAGCCAGCCUCCCGUUCCCCUGGAUCGCCCCAAAGCAGCAGCGCGCUGCGGGGAAUCACAGAGGACCCAGCCCGUGGGUCGCCAAAACAACAGCAGCAGCAGAGGCAGCAGCCCCGUCCCGGCGGCGGCAACAUGGCCUCGGCUGUUAACGUUUCGGAGCCGGAGAGCAGCGGCGGGGCUGGUGGCGGUGGCUGCUGCAGAGACCUCGAUCGGCCGGGGAGAAGCUGCAGCAGAAGGCGGAGACUGACCGGAGGGAACAGGCGCGCCGCGGCGCUGGAUCUGGAGUAUCUGCAGCGGCCAAGCUACUGCGAUGCAGCUUUUGCCUUGGAGCAGAUUUCAAAGGGGAAGGCUACUGGGAGAAAAGCACCGUUGUGGCUAAGAGCGAAGUUUCAGAGACUAUUAUUUAAACUGGGCUGUUACAUUCAAAAAAACUGCGGAAAGUUUUUGGUUGUUGGCCUCUUGAUAUUUGGGGCUUUCGCUGUAGGAUUAAGGGCAGCUAAUCUCGAAACCAACGUGGAGGAGCUCUGGGUGGAAGUUGGUGGACGAGUGAGUCGGGAGUUAAAUUACACACGCCAGAAGAUCGGAGAAGAGGCCAUGUUUAAUCCCCAGCUCAUGAUUCAGACACCACAAGAAGAUGGUGCUAAUGUAUUAACAACAGAAGCACUCAGACAGCACCUUGACUCUGCACUUCAAGCCAGCAGGGUACACAUUUAUAUGUACAACAGACAAUGGAAAUUGGAACAUUUAUGUUUUAAAUCAGGAGAACUUAUCACAGAAGCAGGGUAUAUGGACCAGAUUAUAGAACAUCUUUAUCCUUGUUUAAUCAUUACGCCUUUGGACUGCUUCUGGGAGGGAGCAAAGUUACAGGCAGGGACUGCCUAUCUAUUAGGGAAGCCUCCUUUGCAGUGGAUAAACUUUGACCCCUUAGCAUUCUUGGAAGAGUUAAAAAAAAUAAACUAUCAAGUAGAGAGUUGGGAGGAGAUGCUGAAUAAAGCAGAGGUUGGUCAUGGUUAUAUGGAUCGACCUUGCCUGAAUCCUACUGAUCCUGAUUGUCCAGUCACAGCCCCCAACAAAAAUUCGACCAAACCUCUUGAUGUGGCCCUUGUUUUGAGUGGUGGAUGUUAUGGACUGUCAAAAAAGUACAUGCACUGGCAGGAAGAAUUGAUUGUAGGUGGAACAGUCAAGAAUGGUACUGGAAAACUUGUCAGUGCUCAGGCUUUACAGACCAUGUUUCAGUUAAUGACCCCUAAGCAAAUGUAUGAACACUUCAAGGGGUAUGAUUAUGUUUCACACAUCAACUGGAAUGAAGACAAGGCAGCCGCAAUUCUGGAAGCCUGGCAGAGGAUGUAUGUUGAGGUUGUUCAUCAAAGUGUUGCACAAAACUCUACUCAGAAAGUGCUUUCCUUUACUACCACUACUCUGGAUGACAUUCUAAAAUCAUUUUCUGAUGUCAGUGUUAUAAGAGUUGCAAGCGGCUACUUAUUAAUGCUUGCCUAUGCCUGUUUAACCAUGCUGCGGUGGGACUGCGCCAAGUCCCAGGGUGCCGUGGGGCUGGCAGGAGUCUUGUUGGUUGCACUCUCAGUGGCUGCAGGAUUGGGACUGUGCUCAUUGAUUGGAAUUUCCUUUAAUGCUGCCACAACUCAGGUUUUGCCUUUUCUUGCUCUUGGAGUUGGAGUAGAUGAUGUUUUCCUUUUGGCACAUGCAUUUAGUGAAACGGGGCAGAAUAAGAGAAUUCCAUUUGAGGAUAGAACAGGUGAAUGUUUGAAACGAACAGGAGCAAGCGUUGCCCUUACAUCUAUCAGCAAUGUUACUGCUUUCUUUAUGGCUGCCUUAAUUCCUAUUCCCGCUUUACGUGCAUUUUCUCUCCAAGCUGCUGUUGUUGUGGUAUUCAACUUUGCCAUGGUUCUGCUAAUUUUUCCUGCUAUCCUAAGCAUGGACCUUUAUCGUCGGGAGGACAGGAGAUUGGAUAUAUUCUGCUGUUUUACAAGUCCAUGUACUAGCAGAGUGAUUCAGAUUGAGCCUCAAGCAUAUGCAGAUAAUGAUAACACUCGCUACAGCCCUCCACCACCCUACAGCAGUCACAGUUUUGCACAUGAAACUCAGAUUACAAUGCAAUCUACAGUGCAGCUGCGCACAGAAUAUGACCCUCAUACCCAGGUGUACUACACCACAGCAGAGCCUCGCUCAGAAAUAUCUGUGCAGCCAGUCACAGUGACACAGGAUAACCUCAGCUGCCAGAGCCCAGAAAGCACAAGCUCAACAAGGGAUUUGCUUUCCCAGUUUUCAGACUCAAACAUGCAUUGUCUUGAGCCACCCUGUACUAAAUGGACGCUCUCAUCUUUUGCUGAAAAUAAUUAUGAUCCUUUUCUGUUGCAGAUUGUGGUUAUUUUUCUUUUCCUGGGUUUACUUGGUGUCAGUCUUUAUGGUACUACCCGAGUGAGAGAUGGACUGGAUCUCACAGACAUUGUACCACGAGAAACCCGAGAAUAUGACUUUAUUGCUGCACAGUUCAAAUAUUUCUCCUUCUACAAUAUGUAUAUAGUGACACAGAGAGCAGACUACCCCAACAUCCAGCACUUACUUUAUGACCUUCACAAAAGUUUCAGCAAUGUGACAUAUGUUUUAUUGGAGGACAAUAAACAGCUUCCCAAAAUGUGGUUGCAUUACUUUCGAGACUGGCUGCAAGGUCUGCAAGAUGCAUUUGACAGCGACUGGGAAACUGGGAAAAUCACAUACAACAGUUACAAAAAUGGAUCUGAUGAUGCUGUUCUGGCCUACAAACUUCUGGUGCAAACAGGCAACCGCGAUAAGCCCAUUGACAUCAGUCAGUUGACUAAACAGCGUCUGGUGGAUGCAGAUGGAAUCAUUAACCCAAAUGCUUUCUACAUCUACCUGACAGCCUGGGUUAGCAAUGACCCUGUGGCCUAUGCUGCCUCUCAGGCCAACAUCCGGCCUCACCGUCCAGAAUGGGUCCAUGACAAAGCAGACUAUAUGCCAGAAACAAGGCUGAGAAUCCCAGCAGCUGAGCCAAUUGAAUAUGCUCAGUUUCCUUUCUACCUCAAUGGAUUGCGUGAAACUGCUGACUUUGUGGAAGCUAUUGAGAAAGUGAGAGCUAUCUGUAACAACUACACCAGCCUUGGGGUCCCCAGUUACCCAAAUGGAUACCCAUUUCUUUUUUGGGAACAGUACAUUGGGCUUCGUCAUUGGCUUCUCUUGUCUAUUAGCGUGGUUCUGGCUUGCACAUUUCUGGUGUGUGCCCUCUUUCUCCUGAACCCCUGGACGGCUGGGAUCAUUGUGGUGGUGCUGGCUCUGAUGACAGUGGAGCUGUUUGGCAUGAUGGGUCUAAUUGGAAUAAAGCUGAGUGCAGUGCCUGUGGUCAUCCUGAUUGCUUCUGUUGGCAUAGGAGUGGAAUUCACUGUUCAUGUUGCUUUGGCAUUUUUAACCGCCAUAGGAGACAAGAACCGCAGGGCUGUCCUUGCAUUGGAACACAUGUUUGCACCAGUACUGGAUGGAGCUGUGUCUACUCUACUUGGAGUCUUAAUGCUUGCAGGGUCUGAAUUUGAUUUUAUCGUCAGGUAUUUCUUUGCUGUUUUGGCAAUUUUAACUAUUCUGGGAGUUCUGAAUGGGUUGGUGCUGCUUCCAGUUCUUCUUUCAUUCUUUGGACCAUAUCCUGAGGUUUCUCCAGCCAAUGGUCGGAACAGAUUGCCUACUCCAUCUCCUGAGCCAGCCCCUAGCAUCGUGAGGUUUGCACUGCCACCCGGACACACGCAUAAUGGAUCAGAUUCAUCUGAUUCAGAGUACAGUUCUCAGACCACAGUGUCGGGAAUCAGUGACGAACUCCAUCAGUACGAGGCCACUCAGAGCUCUGGUGCACCAGUCCACCAAGUAAUAGUGGAAGCAACUGAGAAUCCUGUCUUUGCCCGAUCCACUGUGGUUCAGCCAGAGACAAGAUGUCAUCAGCCAAGUCCAAAAUUACAGUCUAACCCAGAAGCUGGGUCCCAGCAAUCAUGGCAUCAUAACAGACAACCUAGGCGAGAACUGAGGGAAGGACUACGACCACCCCCUUACAGGCCGCGCAGGGACGCUUUUGAAAUGUCUACCGACGGGCAUUCUGGACCUAACAAUAGGGACCGUGCGGGCCAUAGGGCUCGCUCUCAUAAUAUUAGAAGUCCAGCAUUCACUGCCAAGGGUGCUUCUGUGCCAGCAUACUGCCAGCCUAUCACUACUGUGACUGCCUCAGCUUCAGUUACUGUUGCUGUACACCCUGCGGUGCACAGUCAUAACUCACAUGGAGGAGGCUUUCCAUCUUACGAAGGAUACCAUGAAAGUGACCAUGGGCCAUUUGAGGACCCCCAUGUGCCUUUUAAUGUACGGUGUGAGAGACGAAACUCUAAAGUAGAAGUAAUAGAACUGCAAGAUGUUGAAUGUGAAGAAAGGACAAAUGGCAACAGCUCGGAUUAAGGGUAACAACUGAAGCAAAGAAGAGGCCAAAGAUGGGGAAACCUCCUCUUUCCAGAACUGCUUGAAGAGGACUGCUUGAAGUUAUGGAAAAGGACAUGCUGCAUCAGGAUAACAGUUCACUGUUACUGUAACCUAUUGUAUUAUUUUGUUAGAUAUUUCUAUAAAUAUUUAAAAGGUGUAUACAUAUGUAAUAUACAAAAGAACAAUGUAAAGUAGUAUAAUCUGGAGUUAACUCUUGUUAAUAGAGUGUUUGUGCUCUGUACUUAUUGUACAUUGAUUUCUGUGUCACAACUAAGCUUAAUCUAGUCCUAAAUUUCAGCAUAUGUUGCUGCUGCUUAAAUAUUGUAUAAUUUACUUGUAUAAUUCUAUGCAAAUAUUGCUUAUGUAAUAGGAUUUUUUUGUAAAGGUAUGUGUUUAAAUAUUUUAAAAUUUGCAUUUCACAACCCUGUGGUAGUAUGAAAUGUUACUGUUAACUUUCAAACACGCUAUGCGUGAUAAUUUUAAAAAAAUAAGCAGAUAUGAAGAAAAGCACGUUUAUCUUGGUGGUUUAAAUAGGUUAGCUAUGUGCAGGUUUAGUUUUGCUGUAUGCAUGUGUGUAUGUAUGUUCCCAUUGUACUGUAGUGUAUUUCUUUUUACUGUAUGGUAACCCUUAAUGGGCUCAUUAACUCACUGAGGCUGCUGGCAAAGUCAGGAUUUUCCUAUUGCUAAGUGCUGGUGAAAAAUGCAUUGGCACUUAACAGCAGAAUCUCCAGUCUGCUAUUGUCAAAGGGAUGAUUAAGACAGAAGAGAGGGCAGGAGUUCAGAACAUAUGGAUUCUAUUCCUAAAUCUUCCACUGACUUACUGUGUGUGACUUUAGGCAAGUCACUUAACCUGCCUAUGCCUCAGUUUCCACAUCUGUACAAUGGGUAUAAUAAUACUUACCUACCUCCUAGGGAUGUUGUGAGGCUUAAUUACUGUUCAGAAAGUGAUCUGAUAUCCUUUGUGAAAGGUGCCAUGUAAGUGCAAAACAUUAUAAGUUCCCUUAACUGCAAAGGUGUUGGAUAUUGAAAGUUGCUAAAAUCCAAUUAGCAUAUGCCUUUGUAUGUACUGAUGCUAUAUUUUGAUAUUGAUAUUGCAAAACAGAAUGGUAUUGGAAACUUGAAUAAUCGGGUUUUUCAUUGCAGCAAUGGCACAGUUCAAAUCAAUCUGCCAUCUGUCAUUGUUUUAUUUACAUGGCAGAAAGUAAGUUAAUAUAAAGUGACAAAAAUUAGAAUAUUUUCUAUUACUUUCUCCAUCUAAUUUCACUUAUUUUACUGAUUGUCUGCUUGAUCUGGGACCAUGAUGAUUGACACCCACGGGUGAUCACUCUCUCCACUCCUCCUCCCUCCUCCCAGUAACUUAUGGCAUUACUACAUUGAACUGGGAGUCCUUCAUGAAUCUAUUUUAGCUACUUUCUGUCUUUUUUUUUUCUUUUUUUAAGUUAAAAUUGAAUUGCAGCAGGUGAAGGGCUUAAAAAAAAGGGCUAGAAGUGUUAGGCUCUAGUAUGGACCCAAAGCCUAUAUAAGGUGAACAUUAAUUUAAAUAAUAGAACAAAAGGUUACACUACUUUCCCUCCCUAAUUUUUCACUACCCUUCCCCAGGCUAUUUUUCAGAGCAGAUGGAUAAUAUAUUUUAAAACAAAUAGUCAGGCUAGAAAAAAAACACAUGCAAGAUCUGUGUUUAUAAAUACAGUUGGCCACUCCAGGCCAGGCAUUGUUUGAUUAGAAUGUAUACUUCUCCAGUGGCUGGAAAGCUGUGACUUUUUCCUACAGGCUUUCCCAGCAGAGUGGAGAAGUAUGACUAUCAUGUGCACGUGAUCAUGCCCUUUUUUUCUCACUUCAGAACACUUACUUUGACAUAAGGCACUUGUUUACAGAUAUCCAAUGUGAAUACUAAAAGAACAGCUGAUGAGCCUGGCAUUGGCCCACUGGUACAUAAGCUACUGUUUAGAUGCACACUAAGGGUUAAUCCCAUAAUUGCCUACUGGUCCAGCUCACUGUCUAACAUGAAAACUCUUAAUGACAAAAAGACAACAGGCCCCAAUUUAGCACUAGCAGUGUAGUGACCUCUGAUCAUAAAAACUCUGCAACAAAACUGUAUGCUACUAAUUGGAAACUACCUUCAACUGCCAAGUGUACGUGUUACUGUGUCAGAGGUCACUAUGGCUUCCCACUGAUACUGCUUUGGUAUCUAUCAGUCAGUCACUCUCCUACCCCCCCAUCUUUUUUUUAAUAGAUGGUCGGAGGGAGGGAGUAAGGAAGAGUUUUGAUGUCUCAUCUCUUCCCUCCUUCCCCUGCCCACCAAUUGCAUUCUGUGUGUUUGUGCGUGGGUGAGCUAUCUGCUUUCUGCACAAUGUAGACCUUUUCUCCUAUAGUCACAUUGGCAAAGGGAGAACUCAGUGGCUGGCAACUUUGUGUUUUAUGGUUUUUAACUUUUUUUUAAUCAUUGGUGAUAUUUAUAUUUUUGUAUCAUAAGAAUGUUUUCUUACAGUAUUUGUCAUGCCAGUUUAUAACAAACAAAAUGCAGGGAUUUUAUUUCACUAUUACAGCUAUGUUUUUACUUUUAAUGGAAUUUUUAUUUGUAUAGAGUGCUUACUAAUGUUAAAUAGGAAAGAGUAUAUAACAUUUACAUUAAGGACUCGUUGUAGGUUUUAGUGUAAGGAGUAAAAAGGAAAAAAUAUUCAAACUGGGUCUCAUUGCCUGCCUAUUUUGGCAAGAGUGGGCUUAUGUCAUUUCAGUUACAAAGAUAAAAGUAUGCCAUAUAAUUUAUUUAUAUGAAAAUUUAUUUUUGUAGUGUACAUAAUAGUCAUCAAGUCUUUUGACAGAAGUAUAUUUUUAAAGAGUUUAUAUGUAAUGAUGAUACCAUUAUGUUUUGGAACAUUGCUAAAACAUGAUUACAGUGCACACUUUUCAUUUUAAACCCCAUUGCAGAAAAAGAAAAUGUUUAACAGUGUUGAGAAAGAGAGUGUGAAUAUUCAUACAAUUCUGAAUUGUGUUUUAGUUACCAUUUGUGAUCUAGUGUGGUUCUCAUUUUAAACCUGGAGUUAAAAUUGUACAAACUCUCUAAAUAUUAAUGUUCAAACACUGAUAGAAAUUCUAACAUGAAUAAAAAAUAUUAUAACUUA